AUGUCUACAGAAGCGCAUCGUCACACCUAUUACGGUGGACCCACCACCAACACGGAGUCCUCUCAUCAUAUUCAUACGAGUCAUGCUCAUAACUGUUCCAAUGGUAGCAGCCGUCGACAUAGCUCUUCGCAUAACGGUCGAAGACGGCAGGUAACGUUUGGUCCUUACAUCAUCGGUCCGACUUUAGGAGAAGGUGAAUUUGGGAAAGUCAAGCUAGGGUGGUCUAAAAGCAAUUCGGAUGAGUCUAAGAAUGUUGCCAUUAAGCUGAUAAGAAGGGAUACGAUCCCCAAGAACUCUGAGAAAGAAGUAAAGAUCUAUAGAGAAAUCAACGCACUAAAACACUUGGCGCAUCCAAAUAUAGUAACUUUGGAAGAAGUGUUACAAAAUUCGAAAUACAUCGGAAUAGUGUUGCAUUACGCCUCGGGAGGUGAAUUCUACAAAUAUAUUCAAAAGAAGAGAAGACUGAAAGAACCUGCAGCAUGCCGGUUAUUUGCACAGUUAAUUAGUGGGGUACAUUAUAUGCAUCAUAAAGGAUUGGCACAUAGGGAUUUGAAAUUAGAGAACCUCUUAUUGGAUGAACAUGAGAAUUUAAUAAUAACAGAUUUUGGAUUUGUCAAUGAGUUCAGUUCUAGGAACGAUUUGAUGAAAACAUCUUGUGGGUCUCCAUGUUACGCUGCUCCAGAAUUGGUCGUUACUACAAAGGCUUACGAAGCAAGAAAGGCUGACGUUUGGUCAUGUGGGGUAAUUUUGUACGCUAUGCUAGCUGGAUAUCUCCCGUGGGAUGAUGAUCCAGAUAAUCCUGACGGGGAUGAUAUUGCAAAACUAUACAAUUAUAUCACAAAGACGUCAUUGAAAUUUCCGGAAUAUAUCAAUCCGAUUCCCAGAGAUAUUUUGAGAAGAAUUCUUGUAUCGGACCCUUCCAAGCGUAUCACUGUUGAAUUGAUCCUAAAACAUCAAUGGCUGCAACCACACGCAUUAUUCCUAUCUUUGAAACCAGAGGAUUGGGAUAUUAAGGCAAAGGCCGAAAUAAGUAACAUCUUCAGGCCCCCACCUUCACAAUCUUCACAAUCUGCAUAUUCCAGACCACACUCAAAUUCUUCUGUAUCUUCAAGUGAAAAACGUAAUUCGCUGAUCAUAGACUCCACUCUACAUCUGCAACCUGUGCCUCCUCAUGAAUCACAAUCACAUGCCAUUGCCAAACCAUCUUCUCCAUCGUCGGAUCUUAGAUCAAGCCCAAUUAAAAGAGUCAAUCACUCAAGAAGCAACUCUGCAGCAUCCAUCGCAUUGCAAGCUGUCGUGGAUGCAGAAAGAGAAUUCUUCCAGUCAUCUCAAUCAAUUUUACAAAUUAGUGGCGUACAAUCCAUUGAACAAUCUCCUAAUACUAGAGUUCAAACGUAUACUGCUACGAGAUCGUUGGCACAUAAUAAUUCCUCAUCCUUAAUGAACAGAAAUAGUAUAAUCGUUGAGGUAAGCCCAAACAAGGAGGUUAUAUCGUCAUCAUCCUCAUCUGCUAUACCGGGAAUGAGUUAUUCCGCAUCCAGAGAGUCAUAUAUCUCAACUUCUCCCGUUAGAAAUGCAGCACAGUCGCCAAAAUUCGUUCCAGGUUCUUUCACUUCGAAUACCAGUCACCAUAAUAACAAAUUUGGCUCAUCACAGCAGUCUAGGCCCAGACCCACUUCAUAUCAUCCAAUAUCAUCAUCAUAUUUAGAAAUGCAGCCUUCUAAUUCUCAGAAUAACUUUAUCACAACCACUAACGAGUUUUCUUAUAUUCCAAGAACAGUCAAUGCAAAUAACUACAUCGACUCUACUCGCGCAAUCUCUCCUGAAUUGAACGGAAGAACUGUUGAUGGCACUUCCCCGCCAUUAAACUCAAGAAAUUUCCAGUCAGGAAUCAUACGCAGGGGAUCAUUUUCUGCAAGCAAACCUUCACCAUCAGUCGAUCUGAAUAAUGUAGAAGGGGACCUUAUUAAAACCGAUGCAGAGGAUCAUAAGAAACUCAAACAGCAGCGUAGGAAAUCUCAAAGAUACAGUACUGUUAUUUUAGACAAUUCGAUUGCCACUGUACAAGAAGAAACUGAGGAACCAAUUACGGCUUACGAUGCGAACAUUAAAAAACCCGUUGAAAAUUCCAAUAACUUGACCAAGGAAUUCGGAAAGAUUGUUAUUAAUGAACCUCGAAAGGAAGAUGCUCACAUUCCUAUCAGCAAACCGGAGAGCGAACACCUACAGAAACCCCCACAACAACAUCAAUCACAAGCCUCGAUAGCAAGAGCAGACUCACAUUCCAAGAAAGAGAAAAGGUUCAGUUUACUAUCCUUUUACUCAUACUAUAAUAAUUCAAAGACGAGUGUCAGCUCCGACUCUUCUGGCGGAAGAAGAGUAUCUGCAAAUUCACAGAAAACAAAUGAAAGAAUUUCUUCUGUUAAAUCGAAUGGUAUACCGUCUAGAAACGUAUCGGGGUCGAUAAAUCAAUUCGAAACAUCAAAACCGAGAGUAUCAUCGAAUCCAUCAAACAGAACAAAUUACAGACAUUCGAUGUUACCUCCAAAGAGUUCUCAAGUUAUAGACGCAUCUGCCAAACGUAUGAAUCGUUCUUCUGUAAUGGUUUCUUCUGCCAAAGAUAUAACCAGUUCUGAUGGUACCGCAAGUAAAGAACAUAAAGAACAACGUGAACCAAGCACUGCCAAAAGAGUCUUUGAUUUCUUCAAGAGGAGAAGUAUGAGAGUAUAA